GAGGGCACAGUGGGCACGGUGGGCACCAGGACCCUGUGCCCCCAGGGAGGUGUUCAUGGGGGAGGACCCAGCCCAGCCUCGGCGCUACAAGAAGAAGAAGAAGGAAGGCCCUGGGGAGGGGGCUCCUGACUCCCCCACCAACGACCCCACGGUGAAGUACGAGACUCAGCCGCGGUUCAUCACGGCCACGGGGGGCACCCUGCACCUGUACCAGCUGGAGGGCCUGAACUGGCUGCGCUUCAGCUGGGCACAGAGCACCGACACCAUCCUGGCCGACGAGAUGGGGCUGGGCAAGACCAUCCAGACCAUCGUCUUCCUCUACUCCCUCUACAAGGAGGGGCACACCAAGGGCCCGUUCCUGGUCUCUGCUCCCCUCUCCACCAUCAUCAACUGGGAGCGCGAGUUCCAGAUGUGGGCUCCUGCCUUCUACGUGGUCACCUACACGGGGGACAAGGACAGCAGAGCCAUCAUCCGCGAGAACGAGUUCUCCUUCGACGACAGUGCCAUCAAGGGUGGCAAGAAAGCCUUCAAGAUGAAGAGGGAGGCCCAGGUGAAGUUCCAUGUCCUGCUGACCUCCUACGAGCUGAUCACCAUCGACCAGGCGGCGCUGGGCUCCAUCCGCUGGGCAUGCCUGGUGGUGGACGAGGCCCACAGGCUCAAGAACAACCAGUCCAAGUUCUUCCGGGUGCUGAACGGGUACAAGAUCGAGCACAAGCUGCUGCUGACUGGCACCCCCCUGCAGAACAACCUGGAGGAGCUCUUCCACCUGCUCAACUUCCUCACCCCUGAGCGCUUCAAGUCAGUGCCCACAGUGCCCCCUGUGCCACCCUGUGCCACCCUGCAGAACAACCUGGAGGAGCUCUUCCACCUGCUCAACUUCCUCACCCCUGAGCGCUUCAACAACCUGGAAGGCUUCCUGGAGGAGUUUGCAGACAUCUCCAAGGAGGACCAGAUCAAGAAGCUGCACGACCUGCUGGGCCCCCACAUGCUGCGGCGCCUCAAGGCUGAUGUCUUCAAGAACAUGCCCGCCAAGACCGAGCUCAUCGUCAGGGUGGAGCUCAGCCCCAUGCAGAAGUAGGCACAGGGCCCCCUGGUGGGCAUGGGCAGGGCUGGGGGGGGCUGCUUGGGU